AUGUCCUACACAGAUUCUCAGAAGUAUGGAGAUGAAGACUUUCUUCUUGUCGUCUCUGGGACAACACGUUAUGCUCCCUACUUGACUGGCUGGCAAGAAUUCAAGGACCACCUUCGCAAGGUGGUCAAAGAGCAGCCGGGAUGGGCUGAUGUAUAUUCCAGCCAAGGUCAACGACGAGGGGAGAUGCAGGGGUGGUGUCGUCUCAAGGACAGGGAGGAUGCCGAUGCAGUAUACAAAGUCUACUACCGUUCAAAGGGCAUGCUGGUGCAUGUGUGGGAAACGAGUCGCAAGGGUGAUGGCUACCGAUUAAUGCGUUGCAACUGCUCCACAUUUUUUCCUGAAGUACCCGAAGGAGGCCACUCCACUGGGCGUUGUGGUAUCGACAUCGGAAGAGUAAAACAACUUGGCGGCGCCCGCGCGAGCACGACAGCAGCAUCUGGGCCAUACAUGACAACACAGGCCAGGUACCCGUACGCAAUGUACCCGCAGAUGCAAACCUAUUCCCCCCAGCAAGUCGCAUAUACCCAUGCCCCAGUUUAUCCAGCCUAUGCGUUGCCACAACCACCUGUAUACUCGACUAGCACGAACGGAAUGCCAGUCAAUGUCCGGGGUGGAGCAGUCUUGACUGAAGCGCGCGGUAUCUUCAUGCGUAACCUCAGCUACAAAUGCACAUCCGACGACCUCAAUGCGCUGCUGUUGCAAACCGUCGGAUACGCCAUCGAAAUCCAACUCAUGAGAGAUAGCCGCACCGGCGUGUUCAAAGGCGUGGCAACCGCCAAGUUUGCCUCAAAGGAUUUGGCGCAACACGCGGCAAACACGCUGAAUGGGCGGGAGCACAUGGGCAUGGUGCUGCACGUGCGCAUGGAUACCGAUACCACGGUGGUAGGACGAACUGAACCCAUGGUUGUGAACGGGUCGUACAGAGUACGUUGA